CACCCCGCCCCGAGGAGGCGGCCCGGCGAGUGGUCGCCGAGGGAGGCUGGUGGCAUGGGGGAGCCGCAGCCGCCACACGCACGGUCGCCCCGAGCGAGCCCGGGCGCUGCUGCGAUCGCGGGGGGCCGCGGACGCCGAGGGGGGCGCCUUGGGGCGUGACACGGCGCAGAGGGCGCGGCCCGGGCUGCGGCGGCCGGACUCGCGGCGACCAGCGCGGGGAGCGGGCGGCGGCGGCGCCGGCGCCGGGAGCAGCGGGCGGAGCGGGCCGGGCGCCCAGGGCGCACCUGGCGGCGGCGCGGCCGGGCCGGGCCGCAGGAGCAGGCGGAGGCGGAGGCGGCGGGGGCAGGAGGAUGUCGCAGCCGCCGCUGCUCCCCGCCUCGGCGGAGACUCGGAAGUUCACCCGGGCGCUGAGUAAGCCGGGCACGGCGGCCGAGCUGCGGCAGAGCGUGUCUGAGGUGGUGCGCGGCUCCGUGCUCCUGGCAAAGCCAAAGCUAAUUGAGCCACUCGACUAUGAAAAUGUCAUCGUCCAGAAGAAGACUCAGAUCCUGAACGACUGUUUACGGGAGAUGCUGCUCUUCCCUUACGAUGACUUUCAGACGGCCAUCCUGAGACGACAGGGUCGAUACAUAUGCUCAACAGUGCCUGUGAAGGCGGAAGAGGAAGCACAGAGCUUGUUUGUUACAGAGUGCAUCAAAACCUAUAACUCUGACUGGCAUCUUGUGAACUAUAAAUAUGAAGAUUACUCAGGAGAGUUUCGACAGCUUCCGAACAAAGUGGUCAAGUUGGAUAAACUUCCAGUUCAUGUCUAUGAAGUUGACGAGGAGGUCGACAAAGAUGAGGAUGCUGCCUCCCUCGGUUCCCAGAAGGGUGGGAUCACCAAGCAUGGCUGGCUGUACAAAGGCAACAUGAACAGUGCCAUCAGCGUGACCAUGAGGUCAUUUAAGAGACGAUUUUUCCACCUAAUUCAACUUGGCGAUGGAUCCUAUAAUUUGAAUUUUUAUAAAGAUGAAAAGAUCUCCAAAGAACCAAAAGGAUCAAUAUUUCUGGAUUCCUGUAUGGGUGUGGUUCAGAACAACAAAGUCAGGCGUUUUGCUUUUGAGCUCAAGAUGCAGGACAAAAGUAGUUAUCUCUUGGCAGCAGACAGUGAAGUGGAAAUGGAAGAAUGGAUCACAGUUCUAAAUAAGAUCCUCCAGCUCAACUUUGAAGCCGCAAUGCAAGAAAAGCGAAAUGGCGACUCUCAUGAAGAUGAUGAACAAAGCAAAUUGGAAGGUUCUGGUUCCGGUUUAGAUAGCUACCUGCCAGAACUUGCCAAGAGUGCAAGAGAAGCAGAAAUCAAACUGAAAAGUGAAAGCAGAGUCAAACUUUUUUAUUUGGACCCAGAUGCCCAGAAGCUUGACUUCUCAUCAGCUGAGCCAGAAGUGAAGCCAUUUGAAGAGAAGUUUGGAAAAAGGAUCCUUGUCAAGUGCAAUGAUUUAUCUUUCAAUUUGCAAUGCUGUGUUGCCGAAAAUGAAGAAGGACCCACUACAAAUGUUGAACCUUUCUUUGUUACUCUAUCCCUGUUUGACAUAAAAUACAACCGAAAGAUUUCUGCCGAUUUCCAUGUAGACUUGAACCAUUUCUCGGUGAGGCAAAUGCUCGCCACCACAUCCCCGGCACUGAUGAAUGGCAGCGGGCAGAGCCCAUCUGUCCUCAAGGGCAUCCUUCAUGAAGCCGCCAUGCAAUAUCCAAAGCAGGGAAUAUUUUCAGUCACUUGUCCUCAUCCAGAUAUAUUUCUUGUGGCCAGAAUUGAAAAAGUCCUUCAGGGGAGCAUCACACAUUGCGCUGAGCCAUAUAUGAAAAGUUCAGACUCUUCUAAGGUGGCCCAGAAGGUGCUGAAGAAUGCCAAGCAGGCAUGCCAAAGACUAGGACAGUAUAGAAUGCCAUUUGCUUGGGCAGCAAGGACAUUGUUUAAGGAUGCAUCUGGAAAUCUUGACAAAAAUGCCAGAUUUUCUGCCAUCUACAGGCAAGACAGCAAUAAGCUAUCCAAUGAUGACAUGCUCAAGUUACUUGCAGACUUUCGGAAACCUGAGAAGAUGGCUAAGCUCCCAGUGAUUUUAGGCAAUCUAGACAUUACAAUUGAUAAUGUUUCCUCAGACUUCCCUAAUUAUGUUAAUUCAUCAUACAUUCCCACAAAACAAUUUGAAACCUGCAGUAAAACUCCCAUCACGUUUGAAGUGGAGGAAUUUGUGCCCUGCAUACCAAAACACACUCAGCCUUACACCAUCUACACCAAUCACCUUUACGUUUAUCCUAAGUACUUGAAAUAUGACAGUCAGAAGUCUUUUGCCAAGGCUAGAAAUAUUGCGAUUUGCAUUGAAUUCAAAGAUUCAGAUGAGGAAGACUCUCAGCCCCUUAAGUGCAUUUAUGGCAGACCUGGUGGGCCAGUGUUCACAAGAAGCGCCUUUGCUGCAGUUUUACACCAUCACCAAAACCCAGAAUUUUAUGAUGAGAUUAAAAUAGAGUUGCCCACUCAGCUGCAUGAAAAGCACCACCUGUUGCUCACAUUCUUCCAUGUCAGCUGUGACAACUCAAGUAAAGGAAGCACGAAGAAGAGGGAUGUCGUUGAAACCCAAGUUGGCUAUUCCUGGCUUCCCCUCCUGAAAGACGGAAGGGUGGUAACGAGCGAGCAGCACGUCCCGGUCUCGGCGAACCUUCCUUCAGGCUACCUUGGCUACCAGGAGCUUGGGAUGGGCAGGCAUUAUGGUCCGGAAAUUAAAUGGGUAGAUGGAGGCAAGCCACUGCUGAAAAUUUCCACUCAUCUGGUUUCCACAGUGUAUACUCAGGAUCAGCAUUUACAUAAUUUUUUCCAGUACUGUCAGAAAACCGAAUCUGGAGCCCAAGCCUUAGGAAACGAACUUGUAAAGUACCUUAAGAGUCUGCAUGCGAUGGAAGGCCACGUGAUGAUCGCCUUCUUGCCCACUAUCCUAAACCAGCUGUUCCGAGUCCUCACCAGAGCCACACAGGAAGAAGUCGCAGUUAAUGUGACUCGGGUCAUUAUUCAUGUGGUUGCCCAGUGCCAUGAGGAAGGAUUGGAGAGCCACUUGAGGUCAUAUGUUAAGUACGCGUAUAAGGCUGAGCCAUAUGUUGCCUCUGAAUACAAGACAGUGCAUGAAGAACUGACGAAAUCCAUGACCACGAUUCUCAAGCCUUCCGCCGAUUUCCUCACCAGCAACAAACUACUGAAGUACUCAUGGUUUUUCUUUGAUGUACUGAUCAAAUCCAUGGCCCAGCAUUUGAUAGAGAACUCCAAAGUUAAGUUGCUACGAAACCAGAGAUUUCCUGCAUCCUAUCAUCAUGCAGUAGAAACUGUUGUAAAUAUGCUGAUGCCACACAUCACUCAGAAGUUUCGAGAUAAUCCAGAGGCAUCUAAGAAUGCGAAUCAUAGCCUUGCUGUCUUCAUCAAGAGAUGUUUCACCUUCAUGGACAGGGGCUUUGUCUUCAAGCAGAUCAACAACUACAUUAGCUGCUUUGCUCCUGGAGACCCAAAGACCCUCUUUGAAUACAAGUUUGAAUUUCUCCGUGUAGUGUGCAACCAUGAACAUUAUAUUCCGUUGAACUUACCAAUGCCAUUUGGAAAAGGCAGGAUUCAAAGAUACCAAGACCUUCAGCUUGACUACUCAUUAACAGAUGAGUUCUGCAGAAACCACUUCUUGGUAGGACUGUUACUGAGGGAGGUGGGGACAGCCCUCCAGGAAUUCCGGGAGGUCCGUCUGAUUGCCAUCAGUGUGCUCAAGAACCUGCUGAUAAAGCAUUCUUUUGAUGACAGAUAUGCUUCAAGGAGUCAUCAGGCAAGGAUAGCCACCCUCUACCUGCCUCUGUUUGGUCUGCUGAUUGAAAACGUCCAGCGGAUCAAUGUGAGGGAUGUAUCACCCUUCCCGGUGAAUGCGGGCAUGACUGUGAAGGAUGAAUCCCUGGCUCUGCCAGCUGUGAAUCCGCUGGUGACGCCGCAGAAGGGAAGCACCCUGGACAACAGCCUGCACAAGGACCUGCUGGGCGCCAUCUCCGGCAUUGCUUCUCCAUAUACAACCUCAACUCCAAACAUCAACAGUGUGAGAAAUGCUGAUUCGAGAGGAUCUCUCAUAAGCACAGAUUCGGGUAACAGCCUUCCAGAAAGGAAUAGUGAGAAGAGCAAUUCCCUGGAUAAGCACCAACAAAGUAGCACGUUGGGAAAUUCCGUGGUUCGCUGUGAUAAACUUGACCAGUCUGAGAUUAAGAGCCUACUGAUGUGUUUCCUCUACAUCUUAAAGAGCAUGUCUGAUGAUGCUUUGUUUACAUACUGGAACAAGGCUUCAACAUCUGAACUUAUGGAUUUUUUUACAAUAUCUGAAGUCUGCCUGCACCAGUUCCAGUACAUGGGGAAGCGAUACAUAGCCAGAACAGGAAUGAUGCAUGCCAGAUUGCAGCAGCUGGGCAGCCUGGAUAACUCUCUCACUUUUAACCACAGCUAUGGCCACUCGGAUGCAGAUGUUCUGCACCAGUCAUUACUUGAAGCCAACAUUGCUACUGAGGUUUGCCUGACAGCUCUGGACACGCUUUCUCUGUUUACACUGGCAUUUAAGAACCAGCUCCUGGCCGACCAUGGACAUAAUCCUCUCAUGAAAAAAGUUUUUGAUGUCUACCUGUGUUUUCUUCAAAAACAUCAGUCUGAAACGGCUUUAAAAAAUGUCUUCACUGCCUUAAGGUCCUUAAUUUAUAAGUUUCCCUCAACAUUCUAUGAAGGGAGAGCGGACAUGUGUGCAGCUCUGUGUUACGAGAUUCUCAAGUGCUGUAACUCCAAGCUGAGCUCCAUCAGGACGGAGGCCUCCCAGCUGCUCUACUUCCUGAUGAGGAACAACUUCGAUUACACUGGAAAGAAGUCCUUUGUCCGGACACAUUUGCAAGUUAUCAUAUCUGUCAGCCAGCUGAUAGCAGACGUUGUUGGCAUUGGGGGAACCAGAUUCCAGCAGUCCCUGUCCAUCAUCAACAACUGUGCCAACAGUGACCGGCUCAUCAAGCACACCAGCUUCUCCUCCGAUGUGAAGGACUUAACCAAAAGGAUACGCACGGUGCUAAUGGCCACAGCCCAGAUGAAGGAGCACGAGAACGACCCAGAGAUGCUGGUGGACCUCCAGUACAGCCUGGCCAAAUCCUAUGCCAGCACGCCCGAGCUCAGGAAGACGUGGCUCGACAGCAUGGCCAGGAUCCACGUCAAAAAUGGCGAUCUCUCAGAGGCAGCAAUGUGCUAUGUCCACGUAACAGCCCUAGUGGCAGAAUAUCUCACACGGAAAGAAGCAGUCCAGUGGGAGCCGCCCCUUCUCCCCCACAGCCAUAGCGCCUGCCUGAGGAGGAGCCGGGGAGGCAUGUUUAGACAAGGAUGCACCGCCUUCAGGGUCAUUACCCCAAACAUCGACGAGGAGGCCUCCAUGAUGGAAGAUGUAGGGAUGCAGGAUGUCCAUUUCAACGAGGACGUGCUGAUGGAGCUCCUUGAGCAGUGCGCAGAUGGACUCUGGAAAGCCGAGCGCUAUGAGCUCAUCGCCGACAUCUACAAACUCAUCAUCCCCAUUUAUGAGAAGCGGAGGGACUUUGAGAGGCUGGCCCAUCUGUAUGACACGCUGCACCGAGCCUACAGCAAAGUGACCGAGGUCAUGCACUCGGGCCGCAGGCUUCUGGGGACCUACUUCCGGGUAGCCUUCUUCGGGCAGGCAGCGCAAUACCAGUUUACAGACAGUGAAACAGAUGUGGAGGGAUUCUUUGAAGAUGAAGAUGGAAAGGAGUAUAUUUACAAGGAACCCAAACUCACCCCGCUGUCGGAAAUUUCUCAGAGACUCCUUAAACUGUACUCGGAUAAGUUUGGUUCUGAAAAUGUCAAAAUGAUACAGGAUUCUGGCAAGGUCAACCCUAAGGAUCUGGAUUCCAAGUAUGCGUACAUCCAGGUGACUCAUGUCAUCCCCUUCUUUGACGAAAAAGAGUUGCAAGAAAGGAAAACAGAGUUUGAGAGAUCCCACAACAUCCGCCGCUUCAUGUUUGAGAUGCCAUUUACGCAGACCGGGAAGAGGCAGGGCGGGGUGGAAGAGCAGUGCAAACGGCGCACCAUCCUGACAGCCAUACACUGCUUCCCUUAUGUGAAGAAGCGCAUCCCUGUCAUGUACCAGCACCACACUGACCUGAACCCCAUCGAGGUGGCCAUUGACGAGAUGAGUAAGAAGGUGGCGGAGCUCCGGCAGCUGUGCUCCUCGGCCGAGGUGGACAUGAUCAAACUGCAGCUCAAACUCCAGGGCAGCGUGAGUGUUCAGGUCAAUGCUGGCCCACUAGCAUAUGCACGAGCUUUCUUAGAUGACACAAACACAAAGCGAUACCCUGACAAUAAAGUGAAGCUGCUUAAGGAAGUUUUCAGGCAAUUUGUGGAAGCCUGCGGUCAAGCUUUGGCAGUAAACGAACGUCUGAUUAAAGAAGACCAGCUCGAGUAUCAGGAAGAAAUGAAAGCCAACUACAGGGAAAUGGCGAAGGAGCUUUCUGAAAUCAUGCACGAGCAGAUCUGCCCCCUGGAGGAGAAGACGAGCGUCUUACCGAAUUCCCUUCACAUCUUCAAUGCCAUCAGUGGGACUCCAACAAGCACAAUGGUUCACGGGAUGACCAGCUCGUCUUCGGUCGUGUGAUUACACCUCACGGCCCGUGUGCGGGGACUUGCUUUGUCGUUUGCAAACUCAGGAUGCUUUCCAAAGCCAGUCACUGGGGAGACCGAGCACAGGGAGAACCAAGGGGAAGGGGAGAGAAAGGAAGUAAAGAACUAUGUUAUUUCAUAACAGAUUUUCUAUAGGAGUUGUAAGAAGGUGCACAUAUUUUUUUAAAUCUCACUGGCAAUAUUCAAAGUUUUCGUUGUGUCUUAACAAAGGUGUGGUAGACACUCUUGAGCUGGACUUAGAUUUUAUUCUUCCUUGCAGAGUAGUGUUAGAAUAGAUGGCCUACAGAAAAAAAAGGUUCUGGGAUCUACAUGGCAGGGAGGGCCGCACUGACAUUGAUGCCUGGGGGACGUUUUGCCUCGAGGCUAAGCUGGAAAAUCUUGAAAAUAUUUUUUUUUUUCCUGUGGCACAUUCAGGUUGAAUACAAGAACUAUUUUUGUGACUAGUUUUUGAUGACCUAAGGGAACUGACCAUUGUAAUUUUUGUACCAGUGAACCAGGAGAUUUAGUGCUUUUAUACUCAUUUCCUUGCAUUUAAAAAAAUACGAAAGCUUAAGGAAUUAUGUGAGCUUAAAACUAGUCAAGCAGUUUAGAACCAAAGGCCUAUAUUAAUAAACACAACUAUGCUGAAAAGUACAAAGUAGUACAGUAUAUUGUUAUGUACAUACCAUUGUUAAUACAGUCCUGGCAUUCUGUACAUAUAUGUAUUACAUUUCUACAUUUUUAAUACUCACAUGAGCUUCUGCAUUAAGUUUAAUUGUGAUAAAUUUGUGCUGUUCCAGUAUACGCAAUACACUUUAAUGUUUUAUUCUUGUACAUAAAAAUGUGCAAUAUGGAGAUGUAUACAGUCUUUACUAUAUUAGGUUUAUAAACGGUUUUAAGAAUUUCAUCCUUUUGCCAAAAUGGUGGAGUAUGUAAUUGGUAAAUCAUAAAUCCUGUGGUGAAUGGUGGUGUACUUUAAAGCUGUCACCAUGUUAUAUUUUCUUUUAAGACAUUAAUUUAGCAAUUUUAUAUUUGGGAAAAUAAAGGUUUUUAAUUUUAUUUAACUGAUCACUGCCCUGCUGUAAUUAAACAUUCUGUACCACAUCUGUAUUAAAAAGACAUUGCUGACCA